UGACUAAUAAGAUUGUGUCGUGCACUUAAAUCAAUCGAAGCAAGUUCCUGCGGUUAGUAUUAACAAAAAGCAGUGGACACUAAAUGCCCAUUUACAACUUAAAGAUGUCUUACAGGUCUAAAUAUUCUUAUGGUACCUCUCGUUCAUCUCAACCGGUGGUUGACUUCACUUCUCCCGGUUUAGCGGUGAUGGAGGCUGAACGUCUUCUAGUGUCUGGGAGAGUCAACACUAACGCGGAUCAAGUCUGGCCCAGUCUCUACAUCGGCAACAUGGAUAUAGCUGAAAACUGUGCAGAGAUGAGAAGGCGUCGCUUCACUCAUGUCCUGAACUGUGCCCACAGCUCCAGACGUGGCUGUGAGAUCUAUGAUGGCAUGGGCAUCAAAUACAUGGGCAUAGAUGCACACGACUCUUGCACUUAUGACAUGAGUGCCAACUUUAACAAAGCUGCUGAAUUCAUACAUACAGCGCUGAAAGGGGGAGGUAAAAUCCUGGUUCACUGUCAUGUUGGAGUGAGUCGAUCAGCAACUAUAGUUUUGGCAUAUCUGAUGCUGAAACAGAACAUGACGCUGGUGGAGGCGAUCCAGAAGGUGAAAGAGGGAAGAGGCGUCUUUCCUAACAGAGGCUUCCUCAGACAACUCAUUGACCUUCAUAUUAAAUUAUAUGGCUACUGAUACUAGAAACACAACAGCCACGAGAGACAAUGAAAAUUGAGUGGACAGGAGAAUAUAUGGAUCAAUGUGGAUUUAAAUUUUUUGAGCAGCAUCUUGUGCAGCUUGUUGAUUCGUAAUGUAUUUGAUCCUUUGCAUUAUCGAAUUUAUUCCAUUCAAAUAAAAUGUAAAUGAAGAUAUUAAAAUGAACAUACCU